CAGGGAUUUGGCCCAUAGCAUCAGCAAGAAUGUCAGCAUGGCCCAUAGCCUCAUUUACAAAAUCUUGGAUGAUCCAUGCAUCUUGGAUAAUGUCUAGCCAUCCACCGCGACCCUCCACGGUAUACGGCAAACACAACAACUCCUCUACGUCCCAUACCCAGAGUUUAAACUUCCGACCAACUGCCGAAACACCCCACAUCCGUUGCAGGCCAAAGAAAUCGGCGUCGGUGGAUAGAUAUCGAGGACUUCUUGCCUCAUAUUCCUUCACUUCUUGUAAAUUGAGCUCCACCGCGUUCGAUCCUUGCAAUGGAAGCUUCGGCUUGAAUGUGUCGAGGAGAAUGACAGGAAAUGGUUUCGACCCUUCGACGCCGAUAGGGUGAUAGACUAAGGCGAGAUCGGUCUCCACAUGUCUCGGUCGCUGGGGGUCAAUCUGUCCAGCCCUCACAGACCAGAGCUUAGUCACGGUAUGUUGGUUAAGCAGAUAAUUCCAGAUAGCCUUGGUUUGCUGGCUCGACCAUCCUGUUGAGUCUGCAGCUUGAACUAGGGCUGCGAGCACCUCCGAGUUGUACAACAUUGAGGAGGCGUAUUCUCAUGGAAAGAUUUGGAACGAUCGAUUUCAAACGAGGAGAUACUCAGAAAGACUUAUUCGUCGAACACGUUGUUUUAACAUGUAGCAGGUCCUUCCUUCAUCCCAUCGAUCGAAGGAUGAACGUGUACUCUGUGG